AACAUUAAUGAAACCCUUGUCAUAACACCAUUUAUGUGUCUUAGCUGUGUGCUCAUAUUGGUUCACAAUAUUAAAUUGCUUGCUUACAUUUGCUGUGGAUGGAGGUUGUGAUUGCUUUGAUUUUGGAUUUAUGACACUCAACUGAAACACACUUUUACAUGCAAAUCGCAUGUUAUUACAUUUUGUUUGACCAAUUGAGUUACCCUAUCUUAGGAGUGCAUAACUGAUAUUAGAGUUGGAAACUUAAAGAGUUCGUAUGGAAAUCACAUCAAAGCUAGUGACAGCUUUAUGGUAUUCAAUGUGGAUGCUGGAGGAGGAGGAAGUCUUGGUGUUCUUCCACUGGGAGAUGUAGGAAGGAAGGAACAAUCAUUGCCUCUUCUUCAUGCACAUUCAGAUUUUGUGACUGACCUGGAUUUCUCGCCAUUUGAUGGGAGACUUCUUUCAACCUGUUCAUAUGACUGUGCGAUAAAAUUGUGGCAAAUUCCAGAGGAAGGAAUAAAGGAGCUGGUGUCAUCACCACUUUGUGUUCUACCACAACUACCUGGCCGUGUUGAAAAUGUCCUGUUCCAUCCUUCAGCAAGUGAGGUAAGCUAUUAGGUUAAGAAUUAUUCAUA